UGCAACGAAAACGUCAAUUUUAACUAUACAGAUUCGUUUAUUUUUUCUUCAGACGGAACAAUGCGCAUACUCGUACCUGCUCAGGAAACGCUGGAAGAAGUAGCACAACAAUUAUCCUGGCUUAAACUUCUCGAAGGCGGUCAUCAUGAGCCUUUAGACUGCCAAGCCAGAUACAAAAUCGCAAUUAUAGUGCCCUACCGAGACCGACUGUCAAACCUCUGCACUUUUCUUCUGAACAUGCAUCCGUUUUUAACCAAACAACAAUUGGACUACAGUAUUUUCAUUGUCGAACAAUUCGACGAUAGUCUGUUUAACCGAGCUAUGUUAAUGAACGUCGGAUUUAACGAAGCGUUGAAGUUACGUGAAUUCGAAUGUUUCUUUUUCCACGACGUAGAUCUUAUACCAGAAAACGAUAGAAACAUUUACAGUUGUCCCGAUCAGCCGAGACAUAUGUCAGUAGCCAUCGACAAGUUUAACUACAGUCUGCCUUACGUGGAUUUAUUCGGCGGAGUGAUAGGCCUGAACCGCAAUCAUUUCCAGUUAGUCAAUGGAUUCAGUAACCAAUAUUGGGGAUGGGGAGCUGAAGAUGAUGAUAUGGCAUAUCGAGUCAAAGCUCAUGGCCUCAACAUUACCAGAUACGCCCCAAACGUGGCACGUUACCGUAUGUUAUCACAUGUCAACCAAGAGUCCAACCCAUUGAGGUUUGAAAUCUUGAGAAACAGCCGGGUACGUUUUAGUACCGACGGACUCAACAGCCUCAAGUACCGAGUGGAAUCACUGAAGCAGCUUCCGUUGUUCACGUACAUUCUGGUGGACCUCUCUGGAGAAAGCAGCUGAUGGUCAAUGGCCACCAUGCAUCACAAGACACUUGAAUUUUAGAUUUUGAAAACUACGCAACGUAAUCCUGCCAUCGUAUAUGUGUUCUUUCAUUCUCGUUUGAUCGUAUUAUCAUUAUCGAUUAAGAUUAAAUUGGUUCGAUGUGUGCUUGCACACAUCUAUGUAUAUUAAUAGUAUAAAAUUAUCGACGUUAUCGUUCCCUGAUAGAGGGAACCUCCCACAAAAUAUUUUUUUUUGUACAUACCAGUUGGUAUGUGAUUAGUAAAUUAAAUUUUAUUCCUGAACUUUACCAUUAUCGGAGAGAAUAAUAUAAUAUUUUAUUAUUAUAUAUAUAUAAUUUUUGGUUCAAGUAGUAAGGCAUAAAUUUUCAAAAAUUAAAAAUCUCUUAUUUCAUUUAUUUCAUAUUAAUUUUUAAUAAACCAACAUAGAAGAGGAAAUACUUUUGAACGUAUUUUAAACUUAUUUAUAAAAUACAUGAUAAUCUCAAAGUUGUAUACGUAAUAUUAUUAUUGAAGCACGCUGAAUAAAUUACAUAGAAAAUAUAUAAUUAUCCAAAUAAGAAAGAUUUAAAAUAACGAAUACGAGUAUUUGCGUUUGAUCUUAGAAACGUACACAUUGCCUAUUUUAAUUUAAAAAAAUACACUUCUCAAAAUUUAGACAAAUAUGUGUACGUUUAAUUCAAUAUGCUUGAAUAUGUUCAUGUUAAUUUUCUGAAAUAUACUGGCAUAGAAAUCAAGUCAACAAUUAUUUGAACAUAUCAUAUGGGUACAAUAUUUGGUGUCAUUUACAUUAAACCUACGAUUCAUGUAUUUAAAUUUGAAUACUUAAUUUCGUACAUCGAUAGAUCU